AUGUCGCUCGUUCCCUAUUCAUCAAGGGAUAGUCGCGAAAUUGUACUUCGCCAUAAUGAUGCAAUUGUCAUAAGAGAUCCGCGCACGCAGCAGCUUGUCCUCCGAGGCGCAAGCCCUAGCCAUUCCAUCUCGGAUUGCCCUACCUGCCAUCGCCCCUUUCGAUCCUCUUCUCCAGAGCGCCCAUCUUCGCCUCUUCGAUCGCCUCCGCUCGCAUCUCCUUUCAUUAGCCCAGAGUAUUUUCGCAUGCUACACGAUGCCAAUUCGAGAACAGACGAAUCUAACCCGCCCUCAAGUCCGAUCCGAAGACUUGUACAACCAGCCUUCUCUUCUCCAACAAACAGUACAGGUGGUUCGGUAUCUGAUGCAGAAUUCGUUGCCAGUUCACCAAUCCAACCUGUAGGGCAUAGUAUCAAACGAGAUGCUUUCAGUCCAAAUUACUUCAAGAGGUUCUUCAUAGAGGAAAAGGAGUUGGGGCGCGGUGGUAAAGGGGUGGUUCUGCUAGUCAGACACGAGCUGGACGGAGUGUCGCUUGGCCAGUUCGCAUGCAAGAGAGUUCCGGUUGGAGACGAUCAUGCAUGGCUCGAGAGGGUGCUCGUCGAAGUACAGCUACUUCAAGGAUUAUCUCAUCCCAAUCUAGUCUCCUACCGUCACGUAUGGCUAGAAGAUGUCAAGCUAAACCGGUUCAGCCCGUCCGUUCCGUGUGCUUAUAUUCUUCAGCAAUACUGUAAUUCUGGGGACCUUCUUCAGUACACUGUUGGCCCUAUGCCAAGUAGUAGCACCAAGGAACAAUUGAAGGAGCAGAUGCGUAGGAGAUCUCGAGGACGCGGAGAACGCCCGAAUCUGCAGAGCGCUUCUAGCCAUCAACGGAAACUUGCUUUUGAAGAGAUUUUCUCGUUUUUCAAAGACAUUGCUUCCGGGCUGGCCCAUCUGCAUGCAUCUAAUUACAUCCACCGCGACUUGAAACCAAGUAACUGCCUACUUCAUCAGGAUGGCAACGAGAUGAAGUGCUUGAUAAGCGACUUCGGCGAGGUUCAGUCGGAGAACGCAAUCCGUAAGAAUACUGGAUCUACUGGAACGAUAUCAUAUUGUGCUCCAGAAGUACUCAAACGAGACGGAAAUGGCAGAUAUGGUAACUUCACAACGAAAUCCGACGUGUUUAGUCUUGGAAUGAUUUUGUACUUUAUGUGUUUUGGCAGACUCCCCUACAAAAGCGCAGACAGUAUUCAAGAAGAAAAUGAGGAUAUUGACCUUCUCAGAGAAGAGAUCAGUACUUGGUCAGGCUUUCAAGGGGAGAGAAGAGAACGCCCUGAUUUACCAAAUCAGCUUUACAGCUUUCUGAAAAGACUAUUGGCUAUCGAUCCAGCUGAUCGACCCAGUGCGAAUGAUAUUCUGCAUGCUCUUCAAACAGAGAAAGGUUUAGACAGUGCGCCCAGAAAACGGAAUGGAAGUACCCAGGGCCUUGGUGGACGAAUUCAGUCGAUAGAUUCGCCAAUGGUACCAGGGACACCCGUUAACGAGCCCACCAAACGAGCCUCAUCCGGGGCAUACAUGGAAGAUGCAUCUCCCGACUCUCAACUUCCCUCUCGACCACCGAAAUCGAAACUAAAAAUUAUGACACCACUCCUCAUGCCUCCUCCAUCUACACGGACAUCAGAGCUGAAACACCAACUCUCACUGUACAAACAUUAUAUUAUUUCAUGGGCUACUCUUAAUAUGCAGACGCUGCACCUGCUAUUCAGACUUGCCAUCUUCCUAGGCAAGCUCGCUUCGCUCACAUACACUUGUUCACCAGCCACGCCAAAACAGCUGGUCUGGUGGCCUAUGGUUGGCGUGGCUGCAUUGGAACUGUCAUUGGGCAAUAAAGUCAGCUGGAGUUUAAUUGGGGUUUUAUUGUCUGUUCAUACGAUUAUUCUUUUUGGCCUCUCUAGGUUUGGGCGGGGAUACUGCGAUCAGGUUUGGGAGAGGAGUUGGUGA